GGCGUUUUAACUGAAGAAUCAGUAAUCGCUGUCUUUGCAAACUUUUCACCCAACGGAGAAAAUAUCUUAGCUUCGAAUAGUUUCGUCCCUUGUGGUGCGUUGAAGAGAUGACCAUGGCAACAACCAUCGCGAAACGCCUCAUCAGAAACCGAUCGAGCCAGAUCCUCGGAACUCUAAACUCCACCUCACCCGCGUCCAGGACCUUCUGCUCGUCCACCACUCCAAUCACCGCAACCAUGUUCCCCGGAGACGGGAUCGGUCCCGAGAUCGCCGAAUCCGUCAAACAGGUGUUCACAACGGCCGGUGUGCCGAUUAACUGGGAAGAACACUAUGUGAGCACAGAGAUAGAUCCGAGAACGCAGAGUUUCUUGACCUGGGAGAGUCUCGAAUCCGUGCGUAGAAACAAAGUUGGUUUGAAAGGUCCAAUGGCUACUCCAAUCGGGAAAGGUCACCGUUCUUUGAAUCUGACUCUUAGGAAAGAGCUUAAUCUAUACGCCAAUGUUAGGCCUUGUUACAGUCUUCCUGGUUACAAGACUCGUUAUGAUGAUGUUAAUCUGAUUACGAUUAGGGAGAAUACUGAAGGAGAGUACAGUGGGCUUGAACAUCAGGUUGUUAGAGGUGUGGUGGAGAGUCUUAAGAUUAUUACGCGUCAGGCGAGUUUGAGAGUUGCGGAGUAUGCUUUUCACUAUGCUAAGACUCAUGGAAGAGAGAGGGUUUCUGCUAUUCACAAAGCCAACAUUAUGCAGAAAACUGAUGGUCUUUUCCUCAAGUGUUGUCGUGAGGUUGCUGAGAAGUAUCCUGAGAUUACUUAUGAAGAGGUUGUUAUUGACAACUGUUGUAUGAUGCUUGUGAAAAACCCAGCACUGUUUGAUGUAUUGGUGAUGCCAAACCUGUACGGUGACAUUAUCAGUGACCUGUGUGCCGGAUUGGUGGGAGGACUAGGAUUGACUCCAAGUUGUAACAUCGGGGAAGAUGGUGUAGCCCUUGCUGAAGCUGUACACGGUUCUGCACCUGAUAUCGCUGGAAAGAACUUGGCGAACCCAACAGCAUUGCUACUGAGUGGAGUGAUGAUGUUACGUCACCUAAAGCUGAACGAACAAGCAGAACAGAUCCACAGCGCAAUCAUCAACACGAUAGCGGAGGGAAAAUACAGAACGGCGGAUCUUGGAGGUACUUCGACCACCACUGAAUUCACAAAGGCAAUCUGUGAUCAUCUCUGAACAUCUUAAACUCUCAAUUCUUUAUCGAAUCUUCGUUCGAGGCUUAAAGCCAAUAUUUAUAAGCCUCUGAGAUUAUUCUUGUUUCCCUCGUUUUACGAUUUGAAUAAAAAAAACAGGCAUUGGCUUUUGAAGUUACCUUUCUUUCUUACUGCCUCCAAAAAACGUCUUUAUAAAUUGUAUUUCUGCCGCAAGGAAGAUGCAUAGCACAGGAACAGCUGUGUUUUAUCUGUAAUCAACCAGAAGAGUUUUGUUUUGUUGCUUUAAUAUUUUACAAACUUGUCUUUGUUCUUCACAUUAAACACAAUGGCGUAAUUAUUUUACCAAACUAACUACAUCAGUAUUUUUAAUGCUAUGUAUUGGCAAAAAGUUUUAGGUAUGUUAUAAGAGAGGAUAGAUAGAAAAUAUCAAAUGAGGUUAUCCUACUCAGAGAAACACAAACUUGAUACGAUGCGUGUGUUCUAAUAUGAGAUUGGAAAAAGAGCUUCUGCUUCCUCAUCAAAUGACUGUAGCUUUACACCAUCUGCAAUGGAAACUCGCCAUAUGAAAUCUGAAUAUUAAAGGAUGAAUUGCUAAAACUAUGAGCUCGAAACCUCCAAAAUUCUUAGUUCUUCUUUUAUCCACAUUAGCAGCUUGAAAAGAACUAAGUUUUUUGGAGAUCUUACUCCAAGAAAUCAAUCCCAUCACUUCUUACUGUCGCAGCAAAAGAGAUGAUCAGCAGAGCAAGAACACUGAAACGCCUAAUCCAAUAUAGGACAAAGACCAUCAAGGAGAUAGAAAUAAAUGAUAAUACUGUCGCUCCAAAAGGAACCGGCAACUCCCAAAGACUACAACAUAAAGGAGGUGGAGAGCAUUCCCAAGCCAAUGAGUCAAAAGCACCAGCUUGAACUUGACUGGAAAAAAAGAUAAGAUGAUCUCUUGCUUAACCCUCAUCCAAGGUAAUUAAAGACCCUGCGAAGCUACAAGUUCAAUGCAUCCAUCCUACACCAACUAAUGGAAAUAUCAACCUUUGAAACCCAAACACGGAAGGGAGCAAGACACUUCAACGAAACCGUCUAAACCAAAUCACAACAGAACCAGAACCAGGAAACAAACCACAACCACUUCAUACACAAACCAAAAAGAAGAGAAACGGUGGGAAGAAACACAACCAGAGUCACAAAUGAGACAACUUUCUUCCAAAAGUUUCAUAAUGAAACACACCCAAUCAGGAAUCUGAGCAUACCAAGAAAGGCACAGCAGUACUAAAGUAUUGCCACACCAAGUGCCUAAGACCCAACACAGCAUGCGAACACCGAUGAGAAGCCAGAAACAGAACCGACAAAAAACAGCACAAACCUGUAUAUCUCUGCCGGGUCUGAGAAACCAUAACAGAGACAAACAAAAACUGAAGUCCUAUCAGAUCUGCUGCCUCCCAAACCACCAGCGUUAAUAGAGAGGCACCAUCCGCCCGCCAAAAAUUAAGAUAUCGAAAAAGAAUGAGUUCACGAAAUGAAGAAAAAGUGCGAAAGAGAUCCGUAAGAGCAAAAGAGAGAGCAAGGGAGCCCUCUCCGGCGCCGGCUAAAAGCCUUAGACACCGGAGAGGCGUCGACCUACAGUCUCAAAGGUUGACGGCGCAGAGAGAGUUGAGAGAAAAUUAGAGCUUUUU